AUGACCAUGACCGUCCUCGAUGGGAAGAUCUCUGAUAAAGGACGACUCAUCGACAACCUCACAACUACCAAGAUUCACAAUCUAGCUGGAAACUGUUGUCGUUUCCAAACGACACAGAUGCCCCACCAUACAUUCAAUUCGCAAAGCUCUGCGCCAAAAUGA